AGGAGUCUGUGAUCAGCGGCGAGCACGAGUGGAGCUGACGCUGACCUCGGCUUAAACCAGGGUGGCGUUCCCGUCAGCAGUGCCAGCCAGAGGCGGCUUGAUCCGACACCAAGGUUCACUCCAGUAUGCUGUUGGUGUGCUAAGGAUGGAGGACUCGAGCUUGUGCCUUGGUAUGUCGUCAGCGGUGCCCGACACCGAAGCCCACCUGAGCAGCGCGGUGCUGAACGGCCGCUACCCAAUCAGUCAGAAGCUUCACCAGCUCACCGCCCAGUUGGGCCACGCCUUCCCCGACCUUCACCGCCCGCAGCAGAUACCCGAGGAGAAGGCGGCCACACCGUUGGACGAGAAGAGCCACCACGCCGCCCUCGCCAGUCAGCCAAUCAGCAGUCAGAUGGCGCUCUUAGCCAAUCAGCUCAACCGCGACAUGGACGCCGGAGCGUUGAGCGGCUUGAACGGGCGUGUGGACCUGCAGCAGUUCCUCAACGGCCAGAACCUGGGCAUCAUGUCGCAGAUGAAUGAUAUUGAAGAUGACGCCCGCAAGAACAGGAAGUACCCCUGCCCACUAUGCGGCAAACGCUUCCGCUUCAACAGCAUCCUGUCACUGCACAUGCGCACGCACACGGGCGAGAAGCCCUUCAAGUGUCCCUAUUGCGACCACCGAGCGGCUCAGAAGGGCAACUUAAAGAUUCACCUACGCACCCACAAGCUGGGCAACCUGGGCAAAGGUCGUGGCCGGGUCCGUGAAGAGAACAGGCUGCUCCAUGAGCUGGAAGAGCGAGCCAUCCUGAGGGACAAGCAGAUGAGAGGGAGCGCCAGCCUCCUCCAAAACCCCCAGACCCCACACCUGAGUCUCAACAACAGCAGCGCCAACACCCUCCAGCCGCCGCUGGGCUCGGCCUGUGGCCUCCCGCCGCCAUCGGGCCUCAUCACUCCAGAAACCGUAGCCCAGCCGUCGUCUUCCCCCAAGCCGACCGCCGCCCAGGACGAGCAGUCCCUCAACCCGGCCACAGGGUUCCGCUGCACGUUCUGCAAAGGGAAGUUCAAGAAACGCGAGGAGCUGGACCGCCACAUCCGCAUCCUCCACAAGCCGUACAAAUGUACGCUGUGCGAGUUUGCCGCCUCCCAUGAAGAAGAUCUGAUCAGUCACGUGGAGAAGGCCCACAUAACUGCAGAGACCACGCAGGGUCAGGGUGCUGGUGGAGCCGGCGGCACACAGGUGGCCACAGAAUUCCGCUGCGACGUGUGCGGCCAGGUGUUCAGCCAGGCCUGGUUCCUCAAGGGUCACAUGCGCAAGCAUAAGGACUCCUUUGAGCACUGCUGCCAAAUAUGUGGGCGCCGCUUUAAAGAACCUUGGUUCCUCAAGAAUCACAUGAAGGUCCAUCUCAACAAGCUGGCCAUCAAGAGCAAGCCGCCACAGCCCAGCGAGCAGGACAUGGUGUCCAUUAACAGCAUGAGCAGCCUGGCUCAGGAAGCCCACGCUAGCCUUUAUUCCCGCUACAUCUCCUGUCUCCAGGGAGGCUUCCUUUCCCCGGACAAACAGGGCUUGAGCGAGCAGCAUCAAAUGUUGGCCAAAGCCGGGAUCGCCAUGAAGGAAAAGGAAAUGCUUGGGAAGCUACUGGGACCAAUGGCGGCGGGUAUCGGUCACGGGUUGGGCGAGAACGAGAAGCGUUCCCUCCUGGGUUGCCUCAACCUCGUUCCGCCCCUCAAGUCGAGCUGCAUGGAACGCCUGCAGGCCGCCGCCAAGGUGGCAGAGAUGGAUUCCCUCAACAGCUACCAAGCUUGGCAGAUCAUGGCUCGUGGCAUGGCUAUGGACCGGGCUUUCAUGCCCAAGGAGCCGCAGCAACACACGACGCCGGGGCAGGAAAACGACAUGAACGGCGCCAUGGCGUCCUACUCCAAGGAGAAACAAGACUAUGCCCUCAUGGCUUCAACCGAUGGCUCUAAGAAGCAGUUCUCUGAAGCCUUGCAGGGCUCCAAGGCCGCCAGCGCCGCCAUGAUAUCCAUGAAGGACGACGCUAGAGGCUUCGACUUGAUGCCUCACCACAUCGGUUCAGACACCCCCACCUUGGGAAACCCCAACAUGGACUAUGGCCUCUCAAACCUGAAGGACAAGCCCUCCGAAUGCCCCGACUGCGGCCGGGUUUUCAGAACCUACCACCAGAUGGUCGUCCACUCUCGCGUCCACGGCAAGGACCGGAGAAACACGGAGGAGGCGCUCCAGCAACAGAGCGUGGACGAACGCCGCGGCUCGGCCAGCGACCCCGAGUCCCAGUCCAUCAGCCGCUCCACCACGCCGGGCUCCUCCAACGUGACGGAGGAGAGCGGGGCCGGAGGCGGCCACUCGCAGACGGGAAGCGUCCAGGACGACAGCCCGCAUCCUUCGUCUCCUUCUUCAGGCGGAUUCCGAAGUACGUGUAAGCGCAACAAUGUGAAGACGGGAGUGAAGAACAACAAAGUGAAGUCACAGCUGCACAUUCCUCAAGCCCUUCACACGCGGCGGCGUCCGAUGAAGCCGUCAGCGGGCGUGUUUCAGCCGUUUAAGUGCACGUUUAUGGGGAUUAAGCAAGAGAAGGCAUUCGACCAUGUCCCUCGGAAAGUCCUGUGCGGAGUGCUCAGAGAGUACGAGGUAUCGGACUGUCUGACUGUGGCGGUCCAGGAUUCAGGAGGAACAGAAGUUGACUCCAACGUGGACGUACUUCCUGUCAGCGCCACCGUCGACUUCCUCAACGUACUCGUGCGCUAA